CCUCUCAUGUUAUGGGAGUACCUACAAUGACUGGCCAGAUUGUAAACUGAUGUUAUCUGCAGCUAAUGAUGGUUACAUUCUAGCCUGGUCAUCAGGAGGAGGCGUGUCAGACCGGAUACCGAUUGGCAUGCCUGUGUACUGUAUGGCAAUCAACCCCCGUAGACACCAGCUUGUGUGUGGAGUCAACGGAGGCAUACGUGUGUACGCCCUGGACGAAAAUCGACUCUCCGGUCAUGUUAUCGAUAAUGAUGUGUUGUUCGUAGCCUGUGAACAUCAAGACAUUGUCCGAUGUAUCAUUUGUAACGAGUCACGCAUUUACUCAGCUGGGUAUGACCACCAGCUAGUUAUCUAUGAUUCCUCAUACACUGGAGAUAAUAGUCUGGUACCCAUAUUCCAGAACCCCACAGCUCAUGAUGCCGGAAUUUCAUGUCUGUUACUAGCUAAAGAUAACGAAAAUAAUACAUG